AUGAGUGCGUGCAAUCAAAACAAACCGGAACUUCUGUUUACGUGGAUUUUACGGCUUUAUUUAUCCUGUGUGAGGCUACAAGUCAAAGAACUGGUCCAAAAUGUCUAAGAUUGAAAAGAUGAAUAUCCUGGGAGUAAGGAGUUUUGGAGUUGAGGAUAAAGACGAACAAGUGAUCACCUUCUUCAGGCCUCUGACGGUCCUUGUGGGACCUAAUGGAGCUGGCAAAACGACCAUAAUUGAGUGUCUCAAGUACAUAACUUCAGGAGUCUUUCCACCAGGAAGCAAAGAAAACACAUUUGUCCAUGAUCCAAAAGAUGUUCAUGAGACAGAUGUAAAAGCAAAGAUCAGACUCCAUUUUAGAGACGUGAAUGGCGAUCCUGUGGCAAUCGAGAGGUUUAUGCAAAGCAUACAGAAGGGCAAGAAAGCUGAGUUUAAAUCUCAUGGUGGUGUCAUUGAGCGUGGACGGAAAGUGAGCCCGAUCCUUAAUUGUGCUGAAAUAGACCGUGAGAUGAUCUCAGCAUUGGGCGUCUCCAAGGCUGUUAUCAACCAUGUCAUCUUCUGCCACCAAGAAGAGUCCAACUGGCCUCUCAGUGAAGGAAAGGCCCUCAAGCAGAAGUUUGAUGAGAUUUUCUCAGCUACAAGGUACAUAAAGGUGUUGGACAAACUGCGGGAGCUGAGGAAGAAGCAAACCAUCAUUGUCAAAACCUGCCAGACGGAGCUCAAGUACCUGAAACAGAACAAAUAAAAAGCGCAAGAGUUUAGAGAGCUGCUGUCCACU